AUGCUGAGCAACCGGCACGUUGAUGUAUCACCGUACUUCACCGUCGAGAUGAAUUCAAAUCAGGAUUUUCGUGCCUCGCGUGUCUGGAAUACAGACAAACCUAAUUGGAAGGGCAUGCUGAGUCAGAACUCUGCUCCACGUGUGGUCAUAGAGGCAGAAGGUCGUCAUGCCUCGCAAGCUAUAGGGCUGAAUCACCGCGUAUCACACUAUGCGAUUCACCAAGUAUCCGAGGAUCCCUGGCAGACAUACGAGCCCAUCGUGGGGGUUUUCCAAGGGCACCGCCUAUGCCUUGCCCGUCGAAUAACUAAGAAGACCGAGUUCGUGAACAUUCAGCAAUGGGUGAACCAGAACGGCCCAGUGGCCCCACUGAUUGAAACAAUGAGCCAAAGCUCCCACCCGAGUUUCUUGAGCCUGCUUGAAUGUUACUAUCAUGGAGAUGAUGCAUUCUUAGUAUGGGAACCCGUGGAGAUCUCAGUCAAUCACAUCUUGGCUUCACAAUGUCCGAUCACAGAAGCUGAAAUUGCCGCGAUCGUCAAGCCAGUCUUGGUGGGGAUCAAGUAUCUCUGUGAUCGAGGAAAAGCGUUGGCUGCUCUGACCGCUGAAUCCAUCCUCCUCACUCCGUCAGGUCAAGUCAAGAUUGCAAAUCUGGAACACAGCUGUGAGAUCACAGCUCCAGAAAUGGACGCAGCGAGCAUCAAGCUUUUUUCGUUAGCGGACAUUGUCGAACGGCUAAUGAAAAAGAAUCCCCCCCCGUUUCCAUGGAGCGACGCUAUACAGGAACUCCCUAGAGCACUAAGGAGUCUUAACGCGGAACAGCUAUCUCAUGGAGUGGGCCUUACAAAGCACGCUCUAGAAGACCCCGCCGUUACGAUGGAACGGACCGUCGAGACACAAGAUGAUGGCAAAGUCGUUCUUGUCGAUGUGAUCGCUGAUCUAGUUCGAAGUCUCGGGAGAGUUGAUAAGAAGUGA